AUGGCAGCUCCCGGGGUGCUACCUUGCAUGGGCAGGCUCUCUGAGAUGCCCGCAGCGCUGGGGCGCUUGAGCCGAGCUUACAGCAAGUCCCAGGCCUUCACGGAGGUGCUACAGCUGCCAAAAAGGCAAUUGACGAAGCUCGUGUUCCCAUUACAAGAACUCGAGCGGUAUCUCCUCCCAGACUCGAAACCCGACCUUCACCUAAACACCUUCGACCCCAGCCUGGACGACAUCGCGAGGGCGGAGAGCUUCUUUACGGCCUCCGCCCGGAACCGCGUCGAGUACCUCAGUUCGGCCGUGCGGCUCGACCACGCCCCGGACCUGCCCCGCCCCGAGGUGUGUUUUAUAGGCAGAAGCAAUGUUGGAAAAUCCUCUCUAAUAAAGGCUUUGUUUUCAUUGGCUCCAGAGGUUGAAGUCAGAGUCUCUAAAAAUCCGGGGCACACAAAGAAAAUGAAUUUUUUCAAAGUUGGAAAAUUUUUUACAUUGGUGGACAUGCCAGGUUAUGGCUAUAGAGCACCUGAAGAUUUUGUUGAUAUGGUAGAAACCUAUCUAAAAGAACGAAAGAAUUUGAUGAGAACAUUUUUGUUAGUUGAUAGUGUUGUUGGAAUUCAAAAAGCAGACGAUAUUGCCAUAGAAAUGUGUGAAGAGUUUGCAUUGCCUUAUGUGAUGGUAUUAACAAAAAUUGACAAAUCUUCCAAGGGACAUCUUUUAAAACAAGUGCUUCAGAUCCAGAAAUUUGUUGACACAAAAACACAAGGAUGUUUUCCUCAGUUGUUUCCUGUAAGUGCUGUGACCUACUCUGGAAUCCAUCUGUUGAGAUGCUUUAUAGCAUAUAUAACAGGAAAUCUUAAGACUAAUUAAUGGCAUCUACUUUAGCUGAAGAUUCAA